GAAGGGAUCGUCAUCUGCAAAUCAGCCUCCGGAUAUGCUCCCAUUAAAGGAGCUGUGGUGAGAAUUAAAUGUUUGGAAGUGGACAAUGAAGGGUAUGAGACGGUUUCAGUGUCAUGUCAGACCAUGCCAGUCCAACUGAUGCCAAGGGCUAUUUCUUCAAGACUCUGCAUUCUAACAACAAGCUGGUCAAGAAUUCAUGGGAAAAUUGCAAGGCUAGCUUUCCUCGAGCAAUCUCCACAGGAGGAAUGUAGAGUUCCAAGCAAUGUGAACAGAGGAAUCGAUGGUUACAAGCUGUCUUCUCGUCGCAUUUUGCAAGACAAGCACCUCAAAUUAUACCCAGUUGGACCUUUCUUUUAUACACCGGAGCACAAACCUAUGGUGAACAGAGCACCGGCGGGUGGCUACUAA